GCUGGCCCAUGUCGUGCCAGCCCAAACAUGGCACAACGGCCAGUUACAUCGCAUCCCUUCGCUGCCCUGAGCUGGAUCAGUAACCGAAUAGCCGUCGUCUAGGAUUAUUCCGGUUGGGCCUGGAACAAUUGAGCUUGACCCGAAAUCAAUCGACCUCUCCGUUGGCCUCUGUGUCAGAUAUAUCAACUAUUGGCGCCAAAAGGCGCUCAUUUGCCAGCGCCCGGUGAGCCGCACGAAAAGAGAGAACGAGAUAUGGAUCCAUGGAAGCUUCCCAUAUCGUCGGCGAUCCAGAGGAAGAGGCUACUAUCACAAAGCUACACCUCCCACGCUUCUGCCUCUCCGUCAGAUCUUGCUUGCGCUGACAGAGCCUCCGAUGUUAUUUACCUCCUAUUGAUUGAACCUCAAGUGAUAACAUCUAAAUUUAGUGUUUUCUCUUUUUUGUUUGUGAUAGGUGCACAGAAUGCCUGGGAUAUUCUUCUGGAAGAGGAAUCAAUGACCCGCAUUACCACAUCUUGUGCAGAACUUGACAAAAUUCUUGGUGGAGGAAUAAGCUGCAAAGAAGUUACAGAAAUUGGUGGCGUACCAGGCAUUGGUAAAACACAGCUCGGGAUUCAACUUGCCGUCAAUGUUCAGAUUCCAUCCUAUUAUGGUGGUCUUGGGGGAAAAGCCAUCUAUAUAGAUACGGAAGGAAGUUUCAUGGUGGAACGCGUACUACAAAUUGCUGAAGCAUGCACAGAGGACAUGACAGAAUAUGGGAGGUUCUUAGGCAAAAGUAUUCAAGCUCGCCAAGUGGAGAUGGGACCCAAGGAUUUCCUGGAGAACAUAUACUACUUCCGUGUCUGCAGUUACACGGAGCAAAUUGGGUUGGAAAAUUACCUGGACAAGUUUAUCUCAGAGCACCGAGAUGUUAAGAUCGUUGUCAUAGACAGUGUUGCUUUCCAGUUCCGUCAAGAUUUUGAUGACUUAGCUCAGAGAACGAGGGUACUUAGUGCAAUGGCAUUGAAGCUGAUGAAACUUGCCAAAAAGUUCAGCUUAGCGGUUGUUUUGCUGAAUCAGGUGACGACGAAAGUCAUAGAAAGUUCAUUCCAAUUAGCUCUUGCACUAGGUGAUAGCUGGUCACAUUCUUGUACCAAUCGCCUAAUCCUUUACUGGAACGGGGAAGAAAGGUAUGCCUACAUCGACAAGUCACCUUCUCUGAGGUCAGCAUCAGCUCCAUAUUCUGUCACCAGCAGAGGAAUCCGGAAUUCCUCUUCCAACAGCUAGCGUACUAGGUCAAUGUGAUGUUUACUUCUUACGCGCUUCUUUUGGUGGUGUUGAGACUGAAGUAAUAGAAAUGGCCCUUCAAUUUUCAUUUUGGCUUAAACAGCUUCCAGGUAAGGAAGGUGUUACGAGCAAGGAGCCUAUUUCUAGGUGCCUUCGUUUUGCUUUGCCUGUUUGGUUUCCUCAUGGGGUGAUUCGUUAAUUGUUACCGUUACCCCAAACAUGGUAUCCAGAAUUAUUUAUGUACUGUAAGUGGGGCAAGCAGCCCCUCUACAAAUAUAAUAUGGGUAGUUUGGACAGAGUGUUUUGAAUGAGUUAUUUUGGCCCAAAUAACUUAUUAAUAA